AUGACUGGACGCGGAAAAGGUGGCAAGGGCCUCGGCAAGGGUGGAGCCAAGCGUCAUCGCAAGAUUCUUCGUGACAACAUCCAAGGUAUCACAAAGCCUGCUAUCCGUCGUCUUGCGCGUCGUGGUGGUGUCAAGCGUAUCUCAGCCAUGAUCUACGAAGAAACCCGUGGUGUCCUCAAGACCUUCCUCGAGGGUGUCAUUCGCGACGCGGUUACAUACACAGAACACGCCAAGCGCAAAACUGUCACCUCGCUCGAUGUUGUCUACGCCCUGAAGCGACAGGGUCGGACGCUGUAUGGCUUCGGUGGUUAG